CUAGACCCCCACCUCAUGGUCCCUGCACGUUAUACCGAGAUGAGAUGGAGAUCUAGAGACGCGUCCUGCGGGUGACACGCACGUUACAGAGGAAAAGCUGCUGAUUUCGAGGGCUGAGGAAUUUACUGAUGAACUUAAUUGAUUCUUGAGGUCUCUAUCUCCCCUUUAUCUUUUGUUUCUUAUCAUUACUAAUUAUUUGUAACCGCCACCCUGAAGUUCAUCGUUGUCAUUCUGGCCGCCGGGAUGGUGGCGUUUAUCGGCGCGGUUAUAUGCAUCAUCGCCGCGGUUCACAGCGGAUCUCCACCGGUAUCCGCAGCCGCAGCUCAGCCCCUGGCGGACAACCAUUCACUCUCGACGGGCACAGCCGGGAAGGCGUUUUCCACCGGGUCCGUCCCCAGAGCAGGACCGCUGGACGCUCUUCACGGUACUGAUGCGACCAGUAGGGAACGAGGAGGACCGGAGGCUCCAACCUUCUACGGUUUAACGGGACUAGGGACCGGGGGCAGCGCGCAGCAGGUCACUUACAGCAGACUCAUCUGCACCCCUGUCCCCGCCGGUGAGUGCAACCCGAAAAACUUUCAGCAACAAGCGGACGACCAGUCGUUAUACGCGGGAGAGGACUGGGGGUACCUGCGCACCACCGCCGAGGAGCUCCGGCAGACCGUCCUACAGCAGAAGGAUGAGAUCCUCACGGAUCAGAGAACCAUACGGGAGCUAACGGGAAAGCUCUCGGAAUGCGAGAGUGGCUUAAAGGGACGGAAGGUCCCAGAACGGAGCGCGGGACUCGGGGAUGCGCGGAAAGAGAAUAAGGAGCAAGUCAUGAUGCGGGACGAUGCGGGGUCCUCGACGCGGACGCCUCGUGCGAUGGAGGAGCUGGUGCAUGUCAUAACUCAAAUGAAGGACCGCAUUGAGAAACUGGAGUCUGAAAGGGCACCACCAGGAUUCAAUCACACAGACGCAAGCUCACAGAAAGCAGCAGGUGCUGCUCGCAUGCCAAAGGCGGGUGCUCAGAGAAGACUGGAGGAUCUGGAAGGAGAACUGAAGAGAAAGAUAAAACUGCUGGAGGAGGAGAGGAAAGCACUGCGGAAAGAGACACAGAAGCAUCAGGAGCAUAUUGACUACGGACUGGACACUGUACACCAGCGGAUAAGCAGCCUGGAGAAAGGUCUCUCUGAGAACAAGUUUCCAGAGGGUUACAGGCUCUCAUUCCCUGUACGCAGCUCUUCCAUGUAUGCCACUGUAAAGCAUGAGAUCCCAUCCCUGGCCGCUCUGACUGCCUGCUUGUGGAUCAAGCCUGCCAAAAGCAUCUUGGGAACAGCCGCUUCCUAUGCUGUUUUUGACCAGAGCCACGAAUUUGUGCUUCAGCAGUUGGUUCAUGGGCCCGUUGAGCUCAUCAUUAAUAAUGAGGUGGCGCCAUUAUCUCUGAACUUAACAAUGGGCAGAUGGCAGCAUAUGUGUGUGAGCUGGAACCGGAGAGCUGGAUCGUGGCAUGCCUACUUAGGGGGCAAGCUAAAGAUUGAAGGAAGUGACCUGGCAACCCGUCACAGCAUCCGCCCGGGAGGAACCCUCAUACUUGGCCAAGAACAGAGCUCAAUGGGCGGUCUUCGUUUCGACGCAUCAAGGGCUAUGGUGGGAGAGCUGUCUGAUUUUAACAUGUGGGACCGGCUGCUUUCACACACAGAGCUCUCUGCUCUUGCCCACUGCAGCACGAGGAUGCUGGGUAAUGUAGUACCGUGGACCAGCCGUGAGGUGGAGGUUUUCGGAGGCGUCACCAAGCAACUGGCCAAUCAUUGCGAGCAACGCACCAGCGCCAAACAGUGAUGUGCUCCUGAGUCUCGUUUAAGGGUCAGAUAGUCAAAGACAGGGUGUUCAGAUUCAUCAGAGAGCAAAACACCUUGCCAUGGUCAUGGUCUUUUAUUGAAGGCAAAGUUUUUUGUUAGAAGUGUUUGCUGAAACAUGCCUAACUAUCAUUACUGUUGAAGGUUAGUGAUUCGAACAAAAACCUAACCCUAAGGAUUAAACAAAAGUGCAUAAGUCAUCCCACGCUACAAACAAGAAUAAUACCUCAAAUCUACCAGCUUGUUGGGGUGAAGUGUGCUCUUAGUUUUCUAAGCAAUCAAACUUGUGAUUUCCACAUGGACGAUGAUAAAAUGAGUGCAAAUAUUCUUGACUUAAACGAAUAGUUCAGCCAAAAAUUUAAAUUCUGUCAUAAUUUACUCAUUCUCAGGUUAUUCCAAACCUGUAUGAAUGUAGUUUUUUCUGUCGAGCACAAAAGAUGAUAUUUUGAAAAAUGUUGGUUGUGAAACAGUUGCUGCAAGCCAUUGACUUCCAUAGUAUUGUCUUUUUCCCUACAGGGGCUACCAGCAACUGUUUGGUUACCAACACUCUUCAAAUAUCUUUUUUUUGUGCUCAGAUGAAGAAAGAAAUGUGUACAGGUUUGGAACAACACGAGUGUGAGUAAAUGAUGACAGAAUUUUCACUUUUGGCUGAACUAUCCCUUUAAGUAGCAGUCACAUUAACUAUCGUUUGGUGAAUUUAUUUCUUUAUUUUUCGCAAGAUUCACAGAUUUCGCAACAGGCUUAGAUUGGUCGUGUGGAUUCGCUUGACCAAAAGAUGACUGGCUUGAAAGUGACUUCUGUGUGAGAAGUGUGUGACCCUUCACAGGAAGUUUGAUUGACACCAAUCAUAACACAGAAUCUGCCAUUUUUGUCUGACAAACAAACCAGACAGGAGAGUAAUUUAACGUCGGUGGACUUGAACUUGAAAAAUGGUGUGUAUUGAUGUCUUUCCGUGGUUGAAACAAGAUACCUUCUCAUGUUCAUUCAUAUUUAAUUCAUGUUAUAAUAUUGUAUUUUUAACUAAUGUUGAAUUAGAGCGCAUGGCUUGUUGGUUAUAGCAACAGUAAUGAAGGGGGGCGGGUCUUUCCUAAGGGUCAGUCGGCAAUGGAUCUUUUUCGCCAAAAUUGUAUUGAAAUGACUGUGACCACACCUUUACAGACAAGCCAUAUCUAGGGAACAGAAUAUUACCAGUAUCACAGGCUCUUUUCUAACUAGCAAUGUCCAGAUAGCAAUAUACCAUUCAGAACAGAUCAGCAAUGGCGUAGCAAUUGCGUGGAAAAGCAUCUCUCUUUUUACAUUAUAUACUUCUUAUUUAUUACUAUUUAUAUCUUGUUGAUUAUCUGAGUGUAAACAUUUGUUGUGGGAUCUUCAGGCUCAGUGUUUGAUGAUUUAUUCUUUCCCACAUUUCAAAACAAAUAUUUGCAUACUCAUUCAGAUUUGUUAUUUAUACAGUAUUUGAUUGAAAUUAGUUAAGAAAAAACACUCACACAGCUGGGAAUAUGUUUGCUUUUAGUCUGCAGUUUUUUUUAUACUAGGUUUUUUGUGUGUAUGUUUGAUCUCUUUUUUUUAUUUUUUUUAUAAGAUGUUUUUGAAUCACACUGUUACUAUGGUGAUCACUUCAGCAGACUCAAUCCUAUUGGUCAGACCAGUCCUGGUUGAAUUCUACUCCAUUCAAAUCCCUUUAACAGCAUCAGAAUCACAUCGAAUUAGAACGAACAGACUGAAAAGGGAGCAGUUGAAAAAGGCUCUUGGCCAGAUGAAGACUUCAGCAAUAUUUCAUAGAAUAACUACAUUAAGCUUUAAAGCCAUGGUUUUGAAACCCUAUACAAUGUGACAUAUACAAUAACAUGCUUUCUGAGAACUGUAUUCAGUGUUAAACGUAAUCUGCAAAUAUCUACUGUUCAUACUGAGAAAUUAGCAUGUAUAGCCUAUAUAGAUUUAUAAAAAAAUCUACUCAACAAAAUUCUAUAUGUAAAAUAAGCAACAAACAUUCCGAACGAUGAAUGUAAAAUUCUUAGACAAUAUACAUUCCACCGUCUAUCUAUCUCCCUAUCAUAACUGUGACUGAAUAGGCAUCUCGGAGCUUAUGUAAAUUAUGCUGCACAUGCUUUAUGUGGAUUAUACUCCAUGUAUUAUUUAUAUGUAAGAUGCAGCAGUAUGGAAAAUGCCUGUUUUGUGGCCUUGUCAAACACAAGAAUGUUGUCCCAAAUGCACAAUCAUGAGAUAUAUAUACACACUGAUGGACAGCAGUGAGAUUAUUAUGGAUGUGGUUUCAUUUUGGUGCAAACAGUUGUUGUUUUUUAAGCAUGUGGUUUGAGAUUGUGUGGUCAUUUGAUUGAACAGCACAAGAUCAUCAUAAUUGGUGGGGAUUGUGUUUUUGAAGGUGUUUUAGCACUAAAAAUAUAUAUAAAAAAAAUGUUGGAUGUAUAAUGUAAUCGCUGUUAGUGCAAUGCCUGUUUGUUUGCAUCCAGUGGUCAUUUGGUGAUGUUCUAUUCUCUUCAUGUACAUGAACAAGCUUUAAAUUGUAUUCAGAAAGACUGAUUGCUACCUUUUCUGGAAAACAUUGGAAGUUGGAUAUAAAGUUCUCUCAUUUUGCUUGAAUGUUUUUCUACACUAUGAGGAUUUACUCAUUUACAUUUUUUUUUAAUCUUUCUUCUAUUCUGUAAUGUUUGUUUUUUGCAUUCUGUCUGUGUCUUUGUCUGUGUUGAAAUGGAGAUCAUAUGUGUUCAAAUCUAAGAUGAAAAUGAGAAUGAAAAAAUAAUGCACAACAAACAGAA